AUGUCUGAGAGGACAAUGCUAGUGGUUGCAGGGUCAAUAGAAGUUAUGGAGAUUUUCAGGGAUCUUAAUGGAAAUAACAUCACAAGAAUCACGAAGACUGACUUUGCUGGUCUAAGGCACCUUCGAGUCCUUCAGCUCAUGGAGAACAAGAUUAGUACUAUUGAGAGAGGAGCAUUCCAGGAUUUAAAAGAACUGGAGAGGCUGCGCCUAAACAGAAAUAACCUCCAGUUGCUUUCUGAGCUGCUCUUUCUGGGGACGCCGAAGUUAUACAGGCUACUCCAGGUGAGAUUUCUGCUGUUGAAAUUGCUGGUUAAUGGUGGGUUUCAUCACUUGUGUGCUUGGAAAAAGAAAAUUGAAGUUGGAGGAAAGCAGUAUUUCUCUUGUUUCUACUUUAGUACAUGGAAUUAUGUUUGAGAACAAAUGUGAUGCUUUUUUUAGUUGAUUUUGUUUUAUUAU